UUAAAUCAUUAAAAGAGUAUAAUCAAGUAUAAUGCAGUAUAUGAUUAUGAUUAUUUAAUUUAUGAUACUUGAUAAUGAUAAUCAGAUCGAGUAAUCUAGAUCUAUAUUAUAAUUACUGGUAUAGUCAAUCUAUAGAUUUUAUAUCUAGAUCAGAAGUAGAUUAUAUUUUUUCUAGGCCUAUGCUAUAAAAUAGAUUAUUUUAAAUCUAGACUCUCUAGUACCUGUGGCCUAAUACUAGGCUGCUGGCGGAUUUACACAGAUUGCCUUAAAUUGCUACUGGAAUUAGUCCAAGAAUGUAUGAUCAAAGAACCUUUAUUUUACAGAAUGUGCCACCUGGCUAUGACUCUGAACUUGUCAAAGAUUAUAUUGAAGCCAACUUGGAUAAGGAUGUGGACAAGAUAAUUGCUUAUCCAUUUAUUCAAGGAAGAUUUCUGUUCACACUAAAAGAAGAUUUGACAGAUUUUAAUUCAGCUUUUGAAAUAGUGAAAAAGGAAAAAAUAGAUGAUCAAAUAAUCAUACUAUUGAAAACAAAAACAAUGCCAGCAGUUAUCGUGGUUACUCAUAUUGAUUUUCAAAAAUUAGAAGAAGAAUUCUUAAAGCUUUAUUUGGAAUGUACAUUUGGUAACAAUGAAAACAUUAUACAGAAGUGUGAUUCCUGGCCUGACCUCAAAGUGGCUGUUGUUCACUUUAACAAGGAACAGCAAUCAGUUGUGGAACGCAUUCUGGCCAAAAAUGAUCACAUUCCUCUGCCAUCAGAAGAUUACCAUAUUAGUGUUAGUCCAUAUUUUUUAGAUUUUCACGAUCACAUUGAUUUAACACCUGCGAUUCCCAAGACUCUUGCAAAAGAAACCAGUUUGAGCAGUCUUAGCCAAGGGAUCAGUGAUGACCAGGAUAGUUCUGAAGAGGAAAGUUAUAAUGCAACUGGAAAUAAACUUUUAACUAAAUGCAAAAAAAAUAAUGGGAAAAAAAACUCUAAAAGUUGUAAUUUUGAUUAUGUACCAACCAAAACAUCUGAGUCUGUAGAAGGCAAGCUUUUUUCUGCAGCUGAAAAAGACACUAAGGCUAGAAGAAGGCAGUCUGAAACACUGACGUAUAAAUUUGCACAACCAGGACAGGCAUUCAAUAAAAAUAAAGAUGAAAUGAGUGACUCUGAUCAAGACAAUGAUGAUACUGAGGAAGAUGAGGAUGCUGAGGACGUUAAUGGUGAUGAAGUUGAUAAUGAUAGCCAGGAUGAUAAUGAUAGUGAGAAAAAUAAAAUGGAUGUCUGUGGAGAAAAUAUUUCAGAUGAUGGUGAAACUGAGGCCAAUGAAAAUAAGAACUGUAUAUCUGACAAAAAGGGUUUCAACAAUAGAGGACAGAAAGCUUAUUUCCUGAAAACAGGAAAUGAUAUGCACAGAUUAAAAAGCUCACACCAUGAUGAUAACACAGUUCAAGGUAGAUUUGAUUUUCUAUCUAGUAUUAGAGGUGCUAGCUACAGCAACGCUAGAAUUAUGAAUACAGGCAACUUUGCCAGAGGUAAAAGAGGUAAUUUCAGAGGUUGUUUUAGAGGAAGAUCAGAAUUACACAAAUUUAGCACUCAGUCUCGCGACAUAGAAGCAAAUAGUGAUUCUGAAAAAAGACAAGAUACCAGUCAAAUACGAAGUGCUGAUAUCAAAAGGAACAACAGACAUCAAAACAUUGUAAAUAGAGGUAGAGGUGCUCGCGGGGGAAGAGGUCAAAACAACAGCAUCCAUGCUCAUGCUAGAAAUCCUAGCAACAUUAAUUUAGAUACUAAUGUUGACCUAGGGAAGCAGACUUUCCCCGUUGGCCCAGCCGUUGGUCAGCAAAAGAGAAAAAAAAAAAAUACUACACCACCACACUACAAAUCUCAAAGUAAUCUUAUGGAAAUAAAGAAAUUUACAAAGUCCUCCACAGAUCUUAAAAACACUGAGUCAGAUGCAAAGACAAAAUCUAAUUUAAUUUAUCCUGAAAGUAUUAAAAGAAGGAACUCCGAAGGAAUUACUAAUGUUUGUAAGAUUGACAUUUCAGCAUUGCAAUACAAAUGCUUGCAACCUUACUUAAAAUCUCUAGAUCUAAGUCAAUGCAAAGUUAAAUAUAAUAAUGAGGACAAUGUUGUUGUUUUAAAAGGGAGUUACCAAUCAGUUAACAAAUGUCAUUUAGAACUUUUAAAAGAACUUAAAAAAAUCAAGGAGACCUCCGUUCCAAUAUGUGAUGAUGUUCAACAGUUGCUAUUUACUGAAAAGGGUAAAUUGGUCUUGAGUGAACUAAGAAAUUCAGAUUUUCCUGCAUCUUUUAUUGAGCAUGAUGUUGUGUCCAAAUCUAUAAAGAUUGCUUCCUAUGAUGAAAUGAUAGUAACCAAAGCUGAACAAACAAUAAAAGAAAAACUAGAAUAUACUGAAACAAUAAAGGGAAAAAGGGAUAUUCCUGAUGAUAAAAUAAGCCUUUUGAAAUAUAAUAUAUUUCAAUGUAACUUGUUGGUUAAAAUCAAAUGGGAAGAUAAAUCAUGUAAUUUUACAAUACUGGGAAUUAAGGAUCAUGUGUUACUUGCAAUGAAAGAAGUGGAAAAAUUUCUCGAAGAUUUUGGUAUUUUUGACAAAUCAUUUGAUGUUGGUAAACCCUUAGCCAAGUAUUUUUGUUUUCUUCAAGAUCACAUACAUACAAUUUUGAAAGAAGUCACUCUUUUAAGUCCACCAAAGUUUGAGGAGCAUCAGGUAUGCCUUAGGUUUCAAGGAAAUAAAUUUGAAACAAGUAAUGCAAUUAAGAAGCUUCAAGAGCUUAAAGGUCAAGUGAAAUUUAUUAAAUGGAAUUUAAUGAGCACAUUUAAGGAGCAUGAAGUCUUCCUUAUUGCUAACAGUUUCAAAAGAGGAGUCCUGAAAGAUUCAGUUGAAAAGUAUCAGUAUAAAUACAAAUGCUUAAUUGAUACCAGCCACUUAUCUUCUCUUAACAUGAUUUCUCCAAACACUAAAAAAGUUAAACCAUCAAGAAAAUCAAAACUAACGUUCCAUGCUACUAAAAGCACUAUACCACUUCAGCCAAAAGUCAAUCAUAAAAUCAUUUAUCGUAUGACUCAAACCUGCCAAUUGAUAAUUAAACCAUAUGGAGAUGUUGUGAAAGAAAAAUCUGAUGUUUUAGUCUCAAUUUUGGGAACUAAUCUUGAUUUGACAAAAACUCGAGUGGGCAUAUCUUUUCAAAAAAAUUGUCCAGUACAUUCAAAUGAAGUCAAGAGGAGUUAUCUAACCAAUCGUAAUCCCUCAGUGGUAACUGUGAAUAAACCACAAGGUCUUAAUUGUUUGGCUGUUUGUCAUGUUAUUCUAGAACCUUGGGAUCCACACACUUCAGAAAAUAAGUUAUCUCAAGCCAUUCAGCAAGUUUUCAAUGAAGCUAGACAAGUUGGAGCAAGAUCUAUUUCUUUCCCUGCUUUAGGUUGUGGUGCUGCAUUUAAGUUUCCAUCUUCUCAUGUUGCAAAUAUUAUAUUUAAAAAUUUCAACAUGAGUAUGGACAGAAAUCUUGAACGAAUAGUUUUACUUGCACCUGAUCCAACAUUUUUCAGUGACUUGAAUAGUCAAGCAUCUAAAUUGUAUAGAGCUCAUCACCAAGCCCCAAUAGCUGUUCCUACCUCAGUGGCUCAGGAUAAUGAAGUUGAGGACACGUCUGAUGAUAGCAGUGAGGAUAGUGAUGAUGAAUUACUAAAAAUAGACUAUCCUUCUCAAGAGAAAACUCAAUGCUCCACAGAAUUAGUCAUUAUGGCACUAAAUCACCAUGAUGUGGAUGAUUUGAAAAAACAGGUUCAACAGGAGAUAAAAGAAAAAUGUCUACACAUUGAUUACUUCAACCAAGAUGUCUUAAAAUUUUGGCCUCGAGAAUCUAGGAAAAAAAUUAUUGAUAAUGCUAAAAAAUUAGCUGUUUGGGUGGAGAGAUCACGACAUCCAAAAACAAAAUAUAUAGGUUAUAUUAUCAAAGGAGAAAAAACUGCUGUCUAUGACAUGAAGAUAUUUAUUGAUCGUGAAUUUCAAGAAGCUUCUAAACAUAUGCCUAGAAGAACAUUGUUUUCUAGUAAAGCCCCAAAGAGAGGAACAGUAGAGUUUCUGGAAUAUGCCACUCAGAGUGAUGAACUAUUUCCAUCUUAUUGGAGUUUCAACCAAAAAAAAAAUUUUUUUUUGGAAUGGUUUUCAAAAAAAUUUACAGAAAGGAAAGUUCUAGUUGAUGUUGACAAAGAAACAAAAGAUGCCAUUGAAAAUCUCGUCACUAAAACUUUUGACCCACAACUUGUAGGCCAGGGUCACGAUGCUCAAGGAUUACAUCAUUCUUCUUUAAAGGUGAUUAAAGUUCAAAGAGUGGAAAACUUAGGUCUUUUUGAAUUAUAUCGAGAACAAAGAAAAAGACUGUUUGCAAAAAUGUGGAACAUGAAGCGUGUAUGUUGUAGCAUUGACAAAUUACGAGGCUCAAAAGGAAGUGUUCAAACUAAAAAAUAUCUGAGUGAGGCUAUGAAAAACGAGCUGUACUCUGAGGUUAAUGAGCAUUAUUUGUUUCAUGGAGCUAAGGAAGACUGUGUUGAUACUAUUGUUAAUCAUGGCCUUGACCCAAAGCUUGCCAAUGAACAAGCCAUGUUUGGAAAGGGCAUAUACACAGCUGAAAGAUCAACAAAGUCAGAUCAGUAUACAGAUUCAAAUCCACGAAAACGAAAUGGCCAAAACUUAACAUUGAUUCUGGCUCGAAUGCUUCUUGGCAAUGUUUUUCUUUGUGAUGAGAAAAGUAAAUUUAUAACAGGAAACAAAAAGUUGUCUAGGCCUCCAUGUAUGAAAUGCUAUGAGGACAAAUGCACAUGUAGUAAUCAAGUUCUUUUUGACUCUGUGAUGGGCAAUGGCAACUGGCUGUUCAGAGAAUUUGUUGUGUAUGAAGCAAGCCACUGUUAUCCAGAAUAUGUCAUCACUUACAGAAGAUCAUAAAUGUGAUCAGCCAGUAAAUACUUGUAUUUAGCAGCAUCUUCUACAAUGUUGUUAACUGUUUCAACAUAAUCCCACCUCUUUUUUUUUUUUCUUUCCUUUUGGUGUGCUGGUGAUGCAUCUGUACACAUACUGAUUAGAUAUCCUGCAAAUCCACAUCUUAAAUUACCUUUAAGACUAGUGACAUUUGAGUUUUUCAAUGUUAGUUACAAUACAAAAGCAACUGUUUCUUGCCAUUUUGAUGUAGCGUGUUUAUAUUGAAAAUGUGUAGGCUACAAAAAACUAAUCUUAAGUGGUAACUUAAGUGGCUUCCGUUUGAAUAUGUGUUCAUCAAAUGAUAUUGUCAAAAUACAACUGUCUCGACAAUACAUCUGUUAACCUAUUGACUAGAUAUCCUACCUUUCUACAUCUUCUGUUUUAAAUCACCGUAGGGCUAUGGGCAUGUGAGUUUCUCAGUGUUAUUGAUAAUAAAAUAAUCUCCUACUGACUUUCUGAUGUAUAAGAUGGUAUACAAGACUACUCAUGUUGGCAGAAUAGUGCUAACGUUGACAUGUUUUAUAUAUAUAUAUAUAUAUAUAUAUAUAUAUAUAUAUAUAUAUAUAUAUAUAUAUAUAUAUAUAUAUUGUUAAAUUUUAACAACUAUUGGUAUAAAUUUAUGUCAAGAUUUAUACAAAUUGCACUUAGCUCAAUGUGAUCUAUACCAGACUCGUCCAUUUUUUAUAAAUUAUUUUUACCAUUUCAUUAUUAUUUAAUAAAAUGCUAUUUUUAAACAUUUUAAAGCUCUUUUCAAUUUCCGAGGAGAUAGUCUGGAGAAUUAAAUCUCAUAAUUGACAUUCGUGACUGGCAAUAUCUAAAAAUAGCAUGCUGAAAUAUAUGAACAAAUUAUAGAAUGCAUGGUAUUGUGAUUCUAAAUGACCUCCAGGGGCAGGAAGUACGAGGAUGAUGGGGAGGAAGUUUAUGGGAAGUUUUAUAUGUGCUGUUUCAAUUAAGCAAUUAAGAGAGCUAAAUUUAGAUAUCAUAUAGGAUUACAGGCUAAAAAUGAAAAGAGGAACUGAUAAAAAUGUUCUUCUUCCUAAACAUUCAUUUGUCUCUAUGCAAGAUCAUAAUGUAUGUCUCUUUAACGCUGUAAUGCAUCUAAUAGUUAACCGAUAUUUACACAUGGGAGCGUUUUAUUUUCUAAGUAAAGAUAUUAUGCAACUCCUAUAUAUUGUUUUGGACAGUUCAAUUGUUACUUUUCCAGCCUUAGCCUGUCUUUCUUUAUAAUGUCUUUAUAAUGUUACAUAGAAGAUAUUUAUAUCUUGUUUGAAAAUGAGAUUGUACACAUUAUCUAAGUAAUAAAUUUACAUUACUUUUAAUGAAAAUUCGUGUAUGCAUAAUGGCUGUGCUUAUUGUAAUAAAUACAUAAAAUAAUUUAAACAA